AUGGGUACUAAAGAUGGCUGGAUAUGGGAAGCUUCCAAGGAUGGAAGAUACUCCAUUAAAUCAGUGUAUGAGGUGAUUAAAGCUCAACGGAGUGAAAAUGGUCUUCAACGGUCUGAUAUGAAAGUUCUGGCGUCGGUGUGGAAGACGCCUGCCCCACAGAAAGCAAUUGUUACUUCGUGGAGACUGCUGCGCAAUCGUCUUCCAACGUGCGACAAUCUGAGGAAAAGGAAGAUCAAUAUGAGCGAGGAAGAUCUACAGUGUUGCUUCUGCCAAGAUCACGAGGAGGACACAAAUCACAUGUUCAUCUCGUGUCCAAAAACCCAGGAGCUCUGGGACGAGAUCCAACGGUGGACCGGGAUCAGCACGGCCCAACCUUUUGCUGCAGCUGCACAUUGGUUAAAUUUCAGCGAGUGUGGACAAAACAAGAAAGGUAGGAAGCUACUCAAGGCAAUUUGGAUGAGCUGCUGUUGGCUUCUUUGGAAGAGGAGGAAUGAGAUUAGGUUCGAAGGAAAAACGUGGGAGGUUAACAAUUUGAUUUUGGAAAUCAAGGUUAGAGUGUGGAGCUGGAAUAAAAUCUUUGGUGUGGUUGAUUUUGAUUUGGAUUUCGCUCAGUAG